AUGGGUGGUUGGUCCUCUCUUCUUAAAAGUUAUGAAAUGAACAGAAACCCUCGAGGGAAGUGUAUCAUCAUAAAUAACUCAGAAUUCCAGGAUGAAGCCUACAAUCGCCCUGGUGCUGAGUUUGAUGAACAAGCCCUGGAAGCCCUCUUUGAGUACCUCUCAUUUGAUGUGGAAAUCUACCAAAAUCUUGACUCACGUGAUAUGAGAGAUCUUGUAAGGACCAUAGCAAGUGAGAAUCACAGUGAAUCUGAUGCUGUCUUUGUCAUUGUAAUGUCCCACGGAGGAGACCAUGAUACUGUCUUAGGUGUGGAUCAAAGAAAUAUAACUGUUGAAGAAAUGAUGUCCGAAUUUAAAGCUGCAAGGUGCAAAACACUUGAAGGAAAACCCAAGGUGUUUAUUUUUCAAGUCUGUAGGGGUUCUUCCUCAGAAUUUCUGGAGCAUGAGAGACGUCAUACUGACAACACUGUGAGUAGGCUUCGUGGUGACUCCACCCUCUCAAGAGGGACAAGCCCACAAGAAGCUGAUUUUUUAUUGGCCUUUGCAACUACCCCUGGGUAUUAUUCCUACCGAGAUGAAGAUCACGGUACACCAUUCAUUCAGACUCUUGUGGAAGUUCUUAGAAAACAUCACCAGGAGAGCCAUCUGACAGAGAUGUUGCCAGAGGUAACCAGAUGUGUGGUUGAAAAAGCCGAAAGAGAUGGUUUGCAGAGUUACAUUCAAGUUCCGUGUUACAGCAACUCGCUGAGGGCCAAGCUUUAUCUCUGAGAGGAUAAUUUCACAAAUUGCAAAGCAGAGAGCUAAUUGAUCUACUCAUCAGCAUACCACUCAGUAAAUUCUUCUUUGUUGGGCAAAGACUGAUCAUUUUUGCAAAGGUAUAAUGUGUUUAUGAGGUAUCGUUGUAUGAACUUAGAGUUCUUCAACUUUUAAGUAUCAGAUAUUAGAGUGAAGAUUUUCAUUUCUUUCA